ACAGAAACGGAAACCACUAGCUGCGCUGAAGUGACUCAAGUGAUGAAAUCAAGACUACAUGGGAAGGAAGCUCACCCAAGAGCUCACGAACCUAACUGGUGACAGAAGCUGCUGAACCCUGCUGGAGGAAACUACAUGAGCCGACAGCUGCUGCGGUCAUGAGGUGGUCCUCGGCGGCACUGGGCCCCCCAGUCCCCGGGCAGCGCUCCCCUUCAUUUUGGCGAACCGUAGAGGAAGGGCAGUGUGGGAGGGAAAUCUAGACCUUCUGGCUUCCCAAGGACCCAGACUGUGUGCUGGUUACACGGUGACCCCGGCCACCAGGUCAGAGAAGGACUCGUGAAAUGUAGACUGGCCGAGGAACGCCUCGCGCGAACACCCGGCGGCGCCGACCGCGGAGAGAGCAGGCGCGGCGGCCGCGCCGGCCCGGACGGCGCCCCCGCCCGCGCGGUCCCCGGUCCUCACCUGGAGCGCUCAGGUAUUACAAUUUAAGGAAAACUUCUUGCCAGCAAAUCUAUGAUAAAAAAUAUAAGUAACAGAGGAAACUAUAACUGUUAUUUGCCAAGUGACAAGCUUUUAGUGUCAGAAUGGCUCACCUAAAGCGACUAGUAAAAUUACAUCUUAAAAGACAUUACCAUAAGAAGUUCUGGAAGCUUGGUGCAGUAAUUUUUUUCUUUAUAAUAUUUUUGAUUUUAAUGCAAAGAGAAGUAAGUGUGCAAUAUUCCAAAGAGGAAUCAAAGUUGGAAAGAAGCAUGAAAAACAAAAACAAGAUGUUUGAUUUAAUGCUAGAAGCUGUAAACAAUAUUAAAGAUGCGAUGCCAAAAAUGCAAAUAAGAGCACCUGUCAGGCAAAACAUUGAUGCUGGUGAGAGACCCUGUUUGCAAGGAUAUUAUACAGCCGCAGAGUUGAAACCCGUUCUUGACCGCCCACCUCAGGAUUCUAAAGCACCUGGUGCUUCUGGUAAAGCAUUCAAGACAACCAAUUUAAGUAUUGAAGAGCAGAAGGAAAAAGAGCGUGGAGAAGCAAAACACUGUUUUAAUGCUUUUGCAAGUGACAGGAUUUCUUUACACCGAGAUCUUGGACCAGACACUCGACCUCCUGAAUGUAUUGAACAAAAAUUUAAGCGCUGUCCUCCCCUGCCUACAACCAGUGUCAUAAUAGUUUUUCAUAAUGAAGCGUGGUCCACCCUGCUUAGAACUGUCCACAGUGUGCUGUAUUCUUCACCUGCCAUACUGCUGAAGGAAAUCAUUUUGGUGGAUGAUGCUAGUGUAGAUGAGUACUUACAUGGUAAACUAGAAGAAUAUAUAAAACAAUUUUCUAUAGUAAAAAUAGUCAGACAAAGAGAGAGAAAAGGUCUGAUCACUGCUCGGUUGCUAGGAGCAGCAGUAGCAACAGCUGAAACGCUCACAUUUUUAGAUGCUCACUGCGAGUGUUUCUAUGGUUGGUUAGAACCUUUGUUGGCCAGAAUAGCGGAGAACUACACUGCCGUUGUGAGUCCAGAUAUUGCAUCCAUAGAUAUGAACACGUUUGAAUUCAACAAACCUUCUCCUUAUGGAAGUAACCAUAACCGUGGAAAUUUUGACUGGAGCCUUUCAUUUGGCUGGGAAUCACUUCCGGAUCAUGAGAGGCAAAGAAGGAAAGAUGAAACCUACCCAAUUAAAACACCCACUUUUGCAGGAGGCCUUUUUUCCAUAUCAAAAGAAUAUUUUGAAUAUAUUGGAACUUACGAUGAAGAAAUGGAAAUCUGGGGAGGUGAAAAUAUAGAAAUGUCUUUCAGAGUAUGGCAAUGUGGUGGGCAGUUGGAGAUUAUGCCUUGCUCUGUUGUUGGACAUGUUUUUCGCAGCAAAAGCCCUCAUUCCUUUCCAAAAGGCACUCAGGUGAUUGCUCGCAACCAAGUUCGCCUUGCAGAAGUAUGGAUGGAUGAAUACAAGGAAAUAUUUUAUAGGAGAAACACAGAUGCAGCAAAAAUUGUUAAACAAAAAUCAUUUGGUGAUCUUUCAAAAAGAUUUGCAAUAAAGCACCGCCUUCAAUGUAAAAAUUUUACAUGGUAUCUGAACAAUAUUUACCCAGAAGUGUAUGUGCCAGACCUUAAUCCUGUUAUAUCUGGAUAUAUUAAAAGCUUUGGUCAGUCUCUAUGUCUGGAUGUUGGAGAAAAUAACCAAGGAGGCAAACCAUUAAUUCUGUACACGUGUCAUGGCCUUGGGGGAAACCAGUACUUUGAAUACUCUGCUCAACAUGAAAUUCGGCAUAACAUUCAGAAGGAAUUAUGUCUUCAUGCUGCUCAAGGUCUCGUCCAGCUGAAGGCAUGUACCUACAAAGGUCACAAGACAGUUGCCACUGGAGAACAGAUAUGGGAGAUCCAGAAGGAUCAACUUCUAUAUAAUCCAUUCUUACAAAUGUGCCUUACAGCAAAUGGAGAGCAUCCAAGCUUAGUGUCAUGCAAUCCAUCAGAUCCACUCCAAAAAUGGAUAUUUAGCCAAAAUGAUUAAGUGUUCCUUAGAAUUAAGGAGUUAAAAAAGGAGAUAUUUUUUAUCAUAAAACUGUGACGAGGCAUACACUGUAGUUUUUGAAAAUUAUGCAAAAGCAGCUAAUUGUAACUUAUUCCAAGUGCAUUUUUCUUAUUUAUAUCUUAAAAUGUCUAUGUAGCACUGCUACAGAAAUCCCUUAAGUUUCCGUUUCAAAGCACAAGAGCUAGUAAUACCAAAGACUAUUUUGAAAUUUCCAGAAGUAGGGGAAGAGAUGUUUACAGUAUGAUGAAAAUAAUUUUUCAAGUAAACUGAUAUUUGUGUGUUUUGUACACUUGAGGAUACGCAUAGCUACAUUCACACACAAUUUAAAAUAUUUCUUCUAGUUUUUUGGGGAGAGGGAGAAAGAUUUGAUACUGUAUUUUUUUAACUACAUAGAAAUGGAUCAGUGAAGGUCAAACAUUGGCCUUUGUGUACAAACCAGGAAAUUUUUAUAGAUCUAGAAUUUACUAUAUAAAAAUACAGGUAAACUUUUGUCACCUUUUGUUUACUUAUCUGUCAAGUGUUUCCUUAAACAUGAAAUUAAAUGCAUAAGCAGAAGAAUAUUUUUGACACUUCACUUUCUUGGCAAAUUUUAAAGUAUUUUUUAGUCUGAAACUCACUUGAAGCACUUAUGUCUUCCUUAGAAGACAUUUCUUAAAUAACUAUACUAUGUGUUUUCCCAAAGCAAUUUUAAAAAAAUUUAUGUUACUAUCUGUUGUAAAGUUGCCUUUUUCUUUCUCCUAGUCUUUUUUCUUGCCAAAAUUCGCCAAUCUUGAAUGUUUGUGAAACUGAAUUUCAAAUGCAGAAUACCUGACUCAUUUAAAGCUAAAUUUUAUUUGUUGCUGAUUCAAUUACAGAUUGUCUUUGUAAUGAAUUUUUUUCAUCCAAAAAAUAUUUCUUAUUUCUAUCAAUUUGGAAAACAAUAAAACAAGUCCUUAUCACUA